AUGUUCGCAGACAUUGCCCGCGGUGGACUAGCUCAUGAGCUAGUUGUGUUCCUUGUGCAGUCUCUCCAGGCUCAGGCAGUCCCUCGAGUUGGAGAUGUUUGGGCACUGCGUAUCUACAUCCUCCCAAUUGUGUCCAUACCGGCUACGGACAUUCAGGAUGGACUUCAUUGCAACGUUACCUCCUCUAAGGCCGAAAUGAGCCUAGUCAUUGACCGGCUUCUACGCCUAGCGUCGCCAAGUCUAUGUGAGAUUGGAAAUGAAUGGGGCUUUGGAGAAGCGAGGUACACUCCCUGGCCAAGCAACGGUGCAUGUGAGCCCUGCGCAGAGUAA